AUGGGCUACAUACACAGAUUUAUACAUAGCGUAACACGUACACAACUAGAGACAGCCAAGUUUGGUUUUUACCUACUUUCACCCAUCUUGAUUAUGUACUAUGUUGGUUUAGAUACAGAUAAGAAAUUCAAUUUACCAGGCUUUUGGCCAGAUCCAGCCACCUUGAAUCAAAUACCCAAAGAGCCGCAUGAAAUACAAGCUGAAGUUGCGAGAAUAAGGAAAGCGAGGGCCGAGAAGAGGGCGAGGUUGGAAGCUAAAGCUAAAGAGUUGGGAAUAACCGAGGAUGACGUUAAGGAAGAAAACUAG